AUGAGAGGGGAGAGAAAUGUGUUGUGGGAUUUGGUCGUGAAGUGCGACGAUAUUUGUUUCACACACAUUCUUCCGAGAUUGGAUUCGAAUGAUUUGAAAUUCUUGUACGAGGUGAAUACGGAGACGAGAAAGUUGAUGAAGAGAUCAACUCGCGAGGGGGAGUUGAAGAAGAAGUUUAAAGUGAACGAGAUGUCGUCGAUAUCGACUUUGGAAGUUGCGUUGGAGAAUAAAUCGUUGUGGCCGAGUGACUGGACCGAAAGAUCUUUCUGCUUGGAAGUUGCUAAAACGAAUAAACUCGAGUUGCUCGAGUGGGCGCGAGAGGAGAAAAAGUGUGAGUGGAAUGGAAAGACGAUUAAUGCGGCCGCAGGUCAAGGUAAUCUGGAAAUGAUAAAGUAUUGCGUUGCAAAUGAGUGUCCUAUCGAUGUGCGUGCGUGUGCAGAAGCUGCCCGAUACGGUCAUCUCGAGAUACUCAAAUACUUACGCGAAGAAGUCAAAGCGCCUUGGGAUUUGAAUACUGCCAUUUGCGCGGCUUUAAAUGGUCAUCUUCACAUAUUCGAAUACCUUGUUGAGCGUAAGUUUGAUAAAUAUGACGUAUGGGCGUGUGAGUGUGCGGCCGAGAAAGGUCACUUAGACUGUUUGAAGUACUUACACGAAACCGCCAAAGCGCCGUGGGACGAGGACGCCGUACUAUUUGCACACGAGAACAACCACACCGAAUGUGUACAAUACCUCCUCGACAACAACUGUCCUCUCCCACCUGGUUGGUCUUACGAAGGCGGAACGUUAUACGACGAGUUCUACGAUUCGGAAGAAGAAGAAGAAGAAUAG